CCUUAAAAUUUGAUGUGAUCUUGCCAUUACUCCUUUUCAUAAGUAGCAAAUGCAGUAAAAGCUGUUCUAUUUCUAUUGUUCUAUAUUAUUCCAUCUAAAAUUUGAAUCAUAUUACAUUUUGCAGAGACACUGAUACAGGCUUAAAUAUCUAUUCUUUUUGGCUGCACUUUCGGUACUUUUUUUCAAAAUUUUCUCCCUUCCUUUUCUUCUCUUUUUACGUACAAACAUUUCAUAAUUUGCAUUCUGUAUGUACGUACAUGUGAAUUAUGUAUUUCUGAAGUACGAGGUAUGACGGCUAAAUAGAACCUAAAUUAUUAUGACGACUUCACGGUGCGUCAUCCGAUACUGUUCGUUGCACGUUUGAGGUUAGGUCCUCGGAUCGGACGAGCGAGAAACGUUCGGCUGCGGUUCGACCUCGCGUAAGUGCAUCCGUCUGUCAGCCGGGGAUUCGACUGCAUGGGGAUUCUGCGGUACUCGAAUAUUCUCUGAAACAUGGAUUCGCCGCCGAAUCUGGAGACCGUUUACCAGGCCGUGUUCUCUUUAUAUAACAAUACAAAUCCAGCUGAACCAGGAAAAGCGUCAUUAUGGCUGGGAGAAUUGCAAAAAUCGGUAUAUGCAUGGAAAAUAGCUGAUGAAAUGUUACAUCAAAAACGAAAUAUAGAGUCUUGUUAUUUUGCUGCACAAACAAUGCGUACCAAAAUCCAGCUUUCCUUCCAUGAAUUACCUCAGGAAGCCCACACUUCGUUGCGAGAUUCGCUAAUGGAACAUAUAUCGCAAAUCAAUGAACAUACUAAUUCUGCCAUUGUUACUCAGUUAUGCUUAGCUCUGGCAGAUUUGGCACUACAAAUGUCCUCCUGGCAGAAACCAGUAGUAGAUUUAAUUAACAGGUUUGGAGGAAAUACUGCAAAUCUUUGGCCACUACUUGAAAUAAUGACGGUACUUCCAGAAGAAGUAAAUUCAAGAUCACUUAGGCUGGGAUCUAAUCAUCGGCAACAUAUAUUGCAUGAACUUACAGCGAAUGCAGAUACUGUGACAGAAUUUCUGAAAAUGUGCCUAAAAAACAGCGGUGAUAAUUUACAAAUCCAAGUGACUAUUUUGCGAUGUUUUACCAGCUGGAUAACCGUUCAUGCAAUAUCACUUAAGGCUGUACCUUCAAGCGAGGUAGUCGUUUAUGCCUUGCAAAUACUCAGCAAUCAUAUGGCCGUUUCGCAACUUCACGAAACGGCUAGUGAUUGUAUCUGCAUAAUUUUACAAGCAUUAGGGGAAGAUAGCAAUACCAAUCGUGGUAGUGACAACGAAAUAAAUGUGCAGUUGCAACAAUUGCAAUUGUGCCUUUUCACAAGUGUUAUGAAUUUAGAACAACCAUAUCACUUAUCUGUUGCACACGAAGAUAUGGAAAAGUCUAUAAAUUAUUGUCGAAUAUUUACGGAACUGGCCGAAACAUUUCUAGAAACUAUGGUAACUGGUAGUGAAGAUGGAAAGCAGCAUUAUGCUAUAAAAAUUUUGGAUCUUGUCCUCACAUGUGUUGGUCAUCAUGAUUAUGAGGUUGCACAAAUAACUUUUAACCUAUGGUAUCGGCUAUCAGAAGUUCUUUAUCAGAAAAAUAAUGAUGAUCUUAAUGCCGUAUUUCGACCGCAUAUAGAGAGACUGAUUGGUGCCCUCUGUAGACAUUGCCAAAUGGAACCAGAUCAUUUGGGCCUCGUGGAGGAAGGUGGCGGAGGAGAAGAAUUCGCUGACUUCCGAAAUCGUGUAUCGGAUUUAAUAAAGGAUGUAGUGUUUGUAGUUGGAAGUAGUCACUGUUUUCGACAAAUGUUUUCGUCACUGACUGGGGGACUUGGCCCGCAGGGUCAACCUGUACAUACACCUACCUGGGACUCGACCGAAGCUGCGCUUUUCAUAAUGCAGGCGGUAGCAAAAAACAUUCUACCGGAAGAAAAUGAUGUGGUUCCAAAAGUAGUGGAAGCUAUUCUUAAUUUACCGGAAAACACUCAUAUAGCCGUACGUUACACUAGUAUUCUCCUUUUAGGCGAGCUAUGUGAAUGGAUAGAUAGGCAUCCGCAAUCCUUAGAACCAGUUUUAAAUUUCCUUUUAGACUGUUUAAAUCAAAAAGGUUUAGGAAGUGCUGCUUCGGGUGCAUUAUUAAGUAUAUGUACAGCUUGCCCAUUGCACAUGACGACGCAUUUUUCUGGACUUUUGCAAAUAGCACGUUCUCUUGACAAUUUUGCUAUCAGUAAUGAUGCAGCCAUUGGCCUAUUAAAAGGAGUAUCGAUAAUUUUGGCGAGGUUACCACCCGAGGGAAUUACACCGGCAGUAAGAGAAUUGUGCUGCUUUCAAGCGAGUUCCCUGUGGACGCUUCUUUCAGAUAAAGUUCCAAUCGAGAGAGGAACAAAGACUGAUCCUGUGAUAUGGUUGGAUAGAUUAACUGCUAUAUUUAAACAUACUAAUCCUCAAAUCGAUGAUCCUAAUAAGCCUCAUCCUUGUCAAAGUGUAAUCACUGAGAUGUGGCCUGUAUUGUCAAAUGUAUGUGAAACAUAUCAACGAGACGUGAGAGUCAUGGAGAGAUGUUGCCGUUGCAUACGUUUUGCGGUGCGCUGUGUGGGCAAACACGGUGCCCAUUUGCUCGAGCCAAUUGUGAAACAGAUCGUACCACUAUACACGGUACAUAAACAUAGCUGUUUCUUAUAUCUUGGCUCUAUAUUGGUGGACGAGUACGCAACUGACUCGGAAUGUGUAUGGAAUCUUUUAAAUAUGUUACAAGCUUUUAUCUGCCCCACUUUUGCCCUCCUGGAACAAGAAGAUGGUUUGAAAAAUCACCCUGAUACGGUAGAUGAUCUAUUUAGGCUAUGCGCCAGGUUUCUUCAAAGGGCUCCUAUUCCUUUAUUACAUUCUCCUAUUAUUGGGAGCAUUGUAGAUUGUGCUAUAAUGGCUUGCAGUUUGGAUCACAGGGAUGCUAAUAGUUCAGUAAUGAAAUUUUUUUAUGAUCUUUUACAUAGUGGGCGUGGUUAUAAGGAUCGAUCAGACUUCACGAUACGACGACAAUUAGUACAAAAUAUAUUGCAAGAAAAAGGCCAAACAUUAGUCAUAAAAUUGCUACACGCUUCAGUGUUUGAUUUGUCUUCAUAUAUGCUGUCCGAUGUGGCGGAUGUCAUCAUAGAACUUACCCGAAGUAAUGCAGACCUUAUGUCAAAAUGGUUGGAAGAAGCCAUUAAAACAAUGCCGUCGCAAAACGCAGGCGGAGCCCCUACAGCAACGCCUGAGCAAUUGCUUGAAUUUCACAGUACAGUGACGAGGUCAGAAACACCAAAAACUGUCACAAAUGCUCUACGAAAUUUCGCGCGCCUGUAUCGCUAAUGCAUUUUAAUGUAUAUAUACUUGAUUAAAUUUCUCAAAAAAAUUCAUAUUCAUAAGAUCUUCCAGCGAGUUUCGAUUUUCAUAUCUCGAAACAAAAUUUGCUAUGGUGAGUUUUAAUGCUGUACAAAUAUAUUAGCAAAAAAAUAUCAAGAUUUUUUUUAUAUUCUUACUAUCUAUAGUUAUGUUUGCAAACCACAUAUAUAUGUAUAUAUUGUAUUUCGAUAAAAAUGUCCUUUGUAAGUA